AAGAUGAUUCCUUCUUUCAUUAACAAAAGGCGUUCCUAUAGAUUGUUUUUUUGUUUUUGCUAGCGUCACGUCACGUCACGUAACAUAACGUAAACCAAAUUUCACUCUAUCUCCAUCCCCACUCUCUCUCUCUCUCUUGCCUCGCCUCGCCGGAAAAUCUACAUCUUCUUCGUAUUCACAUUUCACGGCGUAUCUUGUGCUCACUCCGCCGCGUUGAAUCGCCGCGCGGAAAUCUUUCGGACAGAUUAACAUUCGUUUGUUUGCUUUCUGGAAGACCUAUUUGCGCUACGGUGGACUUUCCACAUCUUGUUUCAUACAAUGUGAGCGGUUCGGUUCGAUCUCCUUAUUUGGUCCGUAGAUGCGGUCCUGAUCGCGACGAUGGUGGCCGCCGCCGUUUCUGGCGAUGCGCAGACUCCCAAAUUCAGGGAUGAGCAUUCCAGAAGACCGCCGUCGCUGAAGGACAACAGCAAUGGCGUCGGCGUCCAUAGAAAACCUAAAUCGAGAAGCGUCUCCUCGCGAUAUAUGUCCAUGUCGUCCCCUUCGACGACCUCGACCUCCACUUCCUCCUCGAACUCCUCGUCUUCAGCUUCUUCCUCUUCUCGAAGGUUCCCCUCUCCCUUAAUCCCGCGGAACUCGGCUUCGGCUUCCGCCAGCCCCCGCCGCUCCGCAUCUGUCGAUCGGCGUCGCGCCGCUGCGUCCCGGCCGUUGAUCCCCGAGCUGGAUGUCUCCGUCUCCGCAGCCACAAAGCUUCUGGCAACUUCGACUCGGAGCCUGUCCGUAUCCUUUCAGGGAAAAGCAUUUUCCCUCCCAAUCAGUAAGGCCAAAGUGACGACGACACAAUCUUCCCCGAAUUUGCGAAAAGGCAUGCCGGAGAAACGGCGCACAAUCACUCCGUUAAAAGGGGAAGGAAAUCAUCAACCCGAUCAAUAUCUACGGUGGCCGGCGGUGACUUCUAAAGGGUUUGGAUCUGGGAAUGGGAAGCUGAGUUAUCAGUCCAUGAUUGAUGAGAGGAGUUGUAGGCCUUCUCUCCACGAUAAUAAUGUGUUACACGAUUCUCUAUGGGUGCCUUCCGAUUCUGAUAGUGUUUCUUCAGGCAGCACUAACUCGGGACCUAAAGACUGUAGCCGUGGUCGGAAUGUGGCCCAUGGUAUUAUUGCUUCCGCAAGGUUUUGGCAAGAAACCAACAGCCAGCUGAGGCGGCUGCAGGAUCCAGGGUCGCAUUUGGAAACGAGCCCUUUGGGGUCAAAACUGAUUGCGCCGCCAAAGUUGAGGAGGUAUUCAAGUGACGGUGGCCCUUCAAGGGCAAUAUCGCCAUCCCCUCCUGUUCGUCCUGCUGCUGGUGGUAGUGGUAUUAGACAGGCCUUUCCAAGUAAGGCUACAAAGUCUCCUUUGCGGGGGCAUAGUCCAUCGCGGAUAAGGAAUUCUGUGAGCACUAUUAGCAGCAAUUAUGUUGAGACGACGCCUUCGGUUCUUAGCUUUGCAGUGGAUGUUCGUCGGGGGAAGGUUGGAGAGAAUAGAAUUGUGGCUGCGCACUCGCUGAGGCUUCUUUAUAAUCGUCAUCUGCAGUGGCGGAUUGUCAAUGCCAGGAUGGAUUCUGUACUGUUUGUGCAGAAACACAAUACCGAGAAGCAUCUCUGGAACGCCUGGAUAACAACCUCAGAUAUACGAGAUACCCUCACCAGAAAAAUAUACAGACUGCGGCUGCUGAGGGCAAAGUUGAAACUAGCUUCCAUUAUCAAAGGACAAAUGACGUUUUUAGAAGAUUGGGCUUCUUUGGAGAAGGACCAAUCAAUUUCAUUGCUCAGUGCCAUUGAAGCUUUGAAGGCUAGCACUCUUCGUCUUCCUGUUAACGGGGGAGUAAUGGCAGACACGGUGAGCUUGAAGGAUGCCAUCCAUUCAGCCGUCGAUGUUAUACAAGCAAUGGGAUCAUCAAUACAUUCACUUUUACUAUUGGUUGAAGAAGUGAAUUGUCCUGCGACCGAAAUUGUAAAAGUUACAUCGAAGGAACGUGCAUUGCUCAAACAAUGCACUGAUCGCAUCUCCAUACUAACAGCCGCUCAGGUCGGAGAGAGCAGCUUGAGAAUGCAUAUAAUGCAGCAGUCCCGUAGAAGGAAACUAAACUAACUGACUGACUGACUGACUGAAUGACUGUAUUGAGACAUUAGGUUGGGUGUAGAUGCUAGCUAGCUAAUUGGAAAGACUGUGUGAUUAGGCAGGCAUUUUUUGCAGUGGUUUGUUGGUUCCGUAACGUAAUUACAGGAGAAAUGGUGAGUUUAGUGUUUAUGUCCUCUUCCUCUUUCUCUUCCUUUGUAAUUAGACAGAUAGAAUAGAAGGUAGGUUGCUCUCUCGCUCUAUAUUUUUCUUGGGUCCCGUUAAUGUGUGUAUUUGUUUGUGUAAAUGUAUUGUAAUGUAAUGUUAAGUGCAUUGUUAUGUGAUAGAGCGAGGAUGAUAUGUGUUGGAUUCUUUUUUUUUCUUUUUCUUGAAAUACAAAUGCAACUAUGCAAAUGGCUUCUUCUA